AUGGAGCAGUCUACUGCUGCCAAGGACCACCCACCUAUUCGUGCGAAUAUCGAGGUGUCCGAUGCUAGCCUUAAUACUUACUGUCCUCGCCUUUACAUCUAG